AUGCCGAAAACAAAUAAUCGUUCGGAGAACAGCAAGUUGGACAAUCCCCUGUUCUUCUACAUGCCGGACGCCGAAUGGGGGGAGUUUUGUCAAUGGUACAAAGCCGAUUUCACCGUCUCCAAGGCAGACAUCUCCGACCUUAUCGGCCACACCGUAGACGACAUGGACCCUGAUGGAAGUAUCACCUUCAACUGUGCUGAGCAAUUCAUAAUGUACUGCAAAGCCGCAAGAUUCCACGACGCCUCCACUCAAACGGGGAUUCUAGCGACCAGCAACCCAAAGGAACAAAAGAUACUGGGCAGAAACGUCACUGGGUUCACGAACGAGAGCUGGGAUCAGAUCAAGAGUCCCGUUGCUGAGAUGGGCAACAAGGCGAAAUUCGGACAGAAUACGCACCUGUGCCGGAAGCUAUUAUCCACAGGCGAUCGUUUGCUCUGCGAGGCUGCGUCAAAGGAUCGCGUUUGGGGCAUUGGAUAUACCGCUAAACAUGCCUUGUCUCACCGUCAACACUGGGGUGAGAAUCGGCUGGGUAAAGCUCUCAUGGCGACGAGAGAAUACCUAAGGAGCCAGGAGGCCCGGAGCAAGAAGCCUUGGGAGCAAUAUGAGGCAUAA